GACAGAUGGUCUGUCGUAAAAUCUUCUGUUGUUUUUACUCGAUUUUUGCUAGAUAAAUUAUUCAAAGAUAUGGAUUUAGUUGAUGGUUUCAGUGAAAUAAUUUGAUGUAGGGAUAGUUUAUCGAGAUAAAGAGGCUCCUUUUAGGUUUUUCAGGACCUGUUGUUGGACGUAAUCGCAGUGCGACGCCGGUGAUCGCUUUACGGCAGAGCAUGCUGGUGGAGCCAUGGACAAUAAUUCUCAAGGAUCCGGAGGAUUUAAAGGAGGUCUUGGAGGUAUUUUUGGAGGGGGUGCCCCAGAAUAUUCGAAUACAGAGCUGGCUGGAGUCCCACUGACUGGAAUGAGUCCUCUGUCCCCUUACCUCAACGUGGACCCUCGAUACCUGGUUCAGGACACAGAUGAGUUUAUUUUACCCACUGGAGCUAGUAAGACAAGGGGGAGGUUCGAGCUCGCGUUCUUCACCAUUGGAGGUUCCUGUAUGACAGGAGCUGCACUGGGAGCCAUCAACGGUCUCAGGAUGGGUCUGAAGGAGACCAGGGAUAUGACAUGGUCCAAACCACGAAAUGUUCAGAUUCUUAAUAUGGUAACCAGACAGGGGGCAUCGUGGGCCAACUCUCUAGGCUCUGUUGCGUUGUUGUACAGUGCUUUUGGCGUGGCAAUAGAGAAGGCCAGAGGAGCCGAGGACGACAUCAACACAGUGGCUGCUGGCACAUUAACAGGAAUGCUCUUUAAAUCUGCAAGUGGACUGAAGGGUGCAGCCCGCGGAGGUCUGGUCGGUUUGGCGCUGUCUGGUGCUUAUGCCGUUUAUAACAACUGGGACCAUCUCACCGGCUCCUCCUCAUCCUCACGACUAUACUAAACUCUCACGUCCUGAUUUAAUCCCUCCACGUCAAGAUGUGGAGGACACGACCUUCAAUCAGACUGGUCGACUGUGCUCUUAAAGGAAGGAGUAACCAAGAACCCAUGAGCAUUCUGGGAGUUUAAAGAUGGCUGUAAAAUAAGUUAAGAAAAAAAUGGACUAAAUUCCACAUUUUUUGUGUUUAUCCUGUUAUGUUCUUUUACUGUUCUGAUAAGAAUCCCAUGUCAGAGUAUUUGCUAUAAAGUUGUUUUGUGAAGCCUUCUCCAUCUUUGAUGCUAGGUUUUUAAAUCAUUAAACCUUUGCCAGAUGAGGAGGUACCUGUUUUUCUCAGCUUCUGAUGCGUAUCUGCUUCACCACAGGAUUUGGACUGUAGAUCUAGAAACGGAUCAAAGCCUUACUGUCUGUUUUUUUAAGAUGUAUUAUAAAGCAGUGCGGAUCAUCAAAAGCUGUAUUGGAACAUAUAUUAUGAACUAAAAUAAAACUAUAAAUGUUGA